ACAUGCCACAAUUUCUUUGUCCCGCGCAAAUCCACCUUGUCACCAAACCGAGGAAGCGGGCGGCGCUACUGUCUCCUUGACAUAUUUAUCACGGGAUGAGUCGUUCAACUGGUGAACGCGCUCAAAGCAGCUCUUCCCCGAUAAAGUUGCGUGGGAUACCCAAGCAAAUCAUUGCCGCGGAGGCCCGAGGCGCCUCCUGCAUCUGCUCAAUGGGUUCAGUAUACAUCCAAGUACACCACCAGCUAGCAUGCGCCUGCCCCGCCGACGACGUACGGUCCCCGGCGAUUGGCUCGAUGAGGGCUUGAACUCCUCGGGUGCCCUCCUUUCCGGUCCUAUUUGCUGUUUCGGUGGGAUACAUUAGGAAGGAGUUGUUUGUGGAGGAGGCCGCUCAAAUAGACACAAUGGAGGACCAGUCGACUAUCCGUCUGGGCAAGCGCUGCUUCGUGGGCAACCUUGCCUGGAAGACCUCGUGGCAGGACCUGAAGGACAAGUUCCGGGAGUGCGGCAAUGUCGUCUACACGAACGUCAUGCGCGACGACGACGGCCGCUCGAAGGGCUGGGGUAUCGUGGAGUUUGAGAGCCCCGAGGAGGCUCUGCACGCUAUCCAGACCCUGAACGGCGCUGAGCUGGGUGGCCGCCGCAUUCUGGUGCGCGAGGACCGCGAGGACCGCGACGUGAAGCAGGCUGACGGUGCCCCUGGCGCUCCCGCCGAGCGUGCUCCUCGCCCCGCCCGCGGUGCUGGCCGCGGCGCUGCGAACGGUGGUCGCGGUGCCGGCCGCGGUGGCCGCGGCGCUGGUGCUCCCGAGGCGACUGGCGAGUCCAGCGGGCUGCAGGUUGUGGUCCAGGGCAUCCCGUGGGCUUACACCUGGCGCGAGCUGAAGGACAUGUUUGCCGAGGUUGGCGGCGUGGACCGGGCAGACGUGGUGACCGGCUACGACGGCCGCAGCCGGGGCUACGGCACCGUCAAGUUCACGACCAAGGAGGCUGCCGAGGCCGCCGUGGCCCGCUACCACGAGAGCGAGCUCGAAGGCCGCCGCCUGGCGGUCUUCAUUGACCGCUACCAGUAAGCCAGUGGCGUGCGCUUGAGCCGCACACCCAGCGUGCGGAUGUGUGACCGCUGUGCGUUAGUCGGCUGGUCGCGGUGAAGGGCGUAGGUCUGAUGGUGGAGCCCACCGCCAAGCCGAGCAAGGAGAAGGGAUUCUUGACGCUCGAAACGUGCGGCUGUGCAUAAGUCCGGACCGGUGUCUAAGGUGCCUGUGAUUGGUAUAUGUGGCAAGGAACGGGCGCGGGAAAGAUUCGCGGCAAGAAUGACCAGGGACGCAUCUUGCUGGCUGGGCGAAUUGGCCCUGCUGUGGGCCGGCCCCUGCUGCAAGGUUUGAGUGCAGGUGUAUUAGGCUCCCGUUGUGAGGCCACACUGAGAUGCAAACCCUACAUAGCAAUCUCGGAGGGCGGUCCACUGAUACUGUGGCCACCCCGUCAGUUUACUACGCGGUGUAAAUGGAACUGUUUUUUUGAGGUUGCGACACAGGAUUCGGGAUUUCAGGGUGGUGGCGCGCGCUGUCCGCUGUCCCCUGAGGCUGAUCCUGGAGGUUCCAUAUGUUGAUGGGCCUCAAGAGUGCGUGGCAUGAGGCAGGUGGUGUGGUGUUCAGGCGUUUUCGGACCCGUCCUUUCGAACGUCUCCGACGGACCUUCGACUCCCAAAGAUUCAAACGAAGGAACCGCGGCUGUGCAUGCACUCGGGGUAUCCUCGACGUGUCGUUGAGGAUAUGAGGUAGGAACAGGGUGUAAGAAAUCACGUCCCCG